GGGGGUCGGUACCGGGAGGCGGAGUAGUCGCUGCCGCCCCGUGGGACCGGAGCGGAGCAUGCGGAAGGACCAUUUUCUGGCUGGACCUGAAGUGCUGGAAGCAGAAUUCAACUGUUGUUUGGAGCAGAAAAUGCAAGACAGGCUGAAGUCAACUUCUGAUGUGAUUUUCAGGUUCUGAAUCACUUUGGGACGACUGCUGGGGUUAGAUGCAGACAAAAGCUACCCCUGCUCUCAGAAAUGUCCCCCCAAAUGACUUUCCCUUCACAUUCCAGCAGGAAAGAACCGGGUGGUUUGAACUAGAGGAUGAAAGCACUGCCAGCACAGCCUUCUGCCAAACUUGGGGGAAAGAUGGACUCAGGUGAGAACAAAGAAGAAAAAGCUGAUGUGGGAUUAAAACAACUUCAAAGCCCACCCACGUUUUUCCUGGGUUUGGUAGUUGUAAUAACUAGUUCUUCUUUCCAGCCCACCUCUGGAGCUAUUGCCCUUCUGGAUAUAUGAAGGGGUUGAGAGUGUGCAAUCCCAAGCCAGCUCCUUUCCAACGUGCCCAAUGGAACUGCUGCCCAGUGCCUCCACUGUCCCUGGGAAACCCAUCACACCUUAAAGCCUCCCUUCUAGCUUUCCAUUCUAAGGUGGUGUUUGUAACAGCAGCUAAAUCUUCUAGAGAGCCAAGCAGCUGAGGCUGCUGGAUAACUUGCUGUGCUAUGGUCCCAGUGGCCUGGAGCUGAGAGGAGGCUCAGGUUAACUCACUAUGCCUCGCUUGCUGCUUCAGUCAUACAGAUCCCAGAUGACAGAGUUUCCUGAGCAGUCUGACCAUUAUUCUUUGGCCAAACUCAUGUCAAUCUACCAAGCAACCAACAGGACAACCUUCAACUGGACAGACAGCCGCAUUUUUGAGUGGGAGAAGUUUGCUGAGCUGGCUAAAUACGAGCCAGAAUCCCAGAAGCCAGUAGUGAAAGCUCUCCUCAUUGUGGCAUACUCAGUCAUCAUCAUCAUGUCUCUGUUUGGGAACACGCUGGUGUGCCACGUGGUGCUGAAAAACAAGAGGAUGCACUCUGCUACCAGCCUCUUCAUUGUCAACCUGGCUGUGUCUGACAUUAUGAUCACGCUGCUCAACACACCUUUUACCCUGGUGCGGUUUGUGAACAGCACGUGGCUCUUUGGGAAGGCCAUGUGCCACAUCAGCCGCUUCGUGCAGUACUGCUCCCUCCACGUCUCCACGCUCACCCUGACAGCCAUCGCCCUGGACAGGCACCAGGUCAUCCUGAACCCUCUGAAGCAGAGGAUGUCACUAACGAAGGGAGUGCUGAGCAUCUCUGUUAUCUGGCUGAUGGCAACCUGCUUCUCCCUGCCCCAUGCCAUCUAUCAAAAGCUUUUCCAGUAUAACUACAGGGAAGCCACGGUCCGGAGUUUGUGCCUCCCGGAUUUCCCUGAGCCUGCAGAGCUGGUCUGGAAGUAUCUGGACCUGUCUACCUUUCUCCUCCUUUACCUCCUGCCUCUGCUAAUCAUCACCGUCACCUACACGCGCCUGGCCAAGAGGCUGUGGCACCGCAACGCCAUCGGAGACAUCACCACCCAGCAGUAUGUCACCCACCACAAGAACAAGAAGAAGAGCAUCAAGAUGCUGGUGCUGGUGGUUGUGGUCUUUGCUGUCUGCUGGUUCCCUCUCAACUGCUACGUGGUGCUCAUCUCCAGCCUAGGCAUCGAGUCGAAGAACUCCCUCUAUUUCGCCCUGCACUGGUUUGCCAUGAGCAGCACCUGCUACAACCCCUUCAUCUACUGCUGGCUCAACGACAGCUUCCGCUCCGAGCUCAAGUCCCUGCUCUGCGCCUGCCAGAGGGUGCCUCGGGCCCAGGGCAACCUCCUGCCACCCGUGGUUGCAUCCUGCCGUGAGGCCUGGAUGGAGCAGGCCAGGCUCAGGAAGGGACCUGCCUCGCAGACUGCUUGCUCCACCCUAAACCUCCAGACAGCCAACACAGACCUGUGAGCCAAGGGCUGAGGGGACUUAGCUGGCUUUGGUGGGCAGCACAGGGCAGCUCCUCAGGAGCUGACGUUGUUGCUCUGGCUUUUGGCUCGCACCACAGUAGCUCCUGCUUCCCUUGAUGCAGAGCCUCUCAUUCCUGGCCUGGAGCAGGAGGAGUGUGGCCAGCAGGACAAGGGAGGUUAUUCUUACCCUGUACCCAGCACUGGUCAGGCCAUACCUUGAGUGCUGUGUCCAGUUCUGGGCUCCUCAAUUUAAGAGAGAUGUUGAGGUGCUGGAAGGUGUCCAGAGAAGGGCGAUGAAGCUGGUGAGGGGCCUGGAGCACAGCCCUGUGAGGAGAGGCUGAGGGAGCUGGGGGUGUUUGGCUUUGAGAAGAGGAGGCUCAGAGGAGACCCCAUUGGCAUCUACAGCUACCUGAAGGGAGGCUAUAUCCAGGUGGGGUUGGUCUCUUCUGCCAGGCAACCAGCAACAGAAUGGGGGACCCAGUCUCAAGUUGUGCCAGGGCAGGUCUAGGCUGGAUGUUAGGAGGAAGUUCUUGACAAAGACAGUGAUUGGCAUUGGAAUGGGCUGCCCAGGGAGGUGGUGGAGUCGCUGUGCCUGGAGGUGUUCAGGAAAAGCCUGGAUGAGGCACUUAGUGCCAUGGUCUGGUUGAUUGUCUAGGGCUGGG